AAGGAAGUAUAGAAGACGGAAUAGAAGAUGACUUCAAGCCGAAAAAGGGUAAAGAAAAAGAGUUAGAAACAAAAAGUAAGAUUAUUAAUAAAAUCCGUCCUUCGUUAGUGGUUAGCAAUAACCCGCAGAAUGAAUGUGAUGUAGAAAUAAUUGUGGCUCCGUUAAGUAGUAAGAAAUUAGAAAGAAUAGAACCUUAUGAACUACUCAUUAAGCAAAAUAAAGAAAACGGCUUGGAUAAGGACAGUAAGAUUUUAUUUAACCGCUUACGAGCCAUUGAAAAAGAAGACCGUUUGGGAGAUUAUAUUGGAGUAGUUGAUAAAGAAGUGAUGAAAGAAACCAAAGAAAAGUUGAAAUUAGUGUUGGACUUGGAGGAUUAG